AUGAUUUUUUAAAAUCAAAUUGGGUUUCUUUUCACUUUUGAUGCUGUUUGAUAAAUAAUAAUCCUUUAAAUUGACUUUGGGUACAAAAAUUUACAUUCUUGUUCAUUCAAAUACAGGAAGUACAUAUUUCAGAACAGAAGGAAAAAAAGGAAGUUUUAAAGUUAAAUAUGAGUGCAAAUAAAACCCAAUUAAGUCAACAUAGAAAAAAGAAAUAUGUGUUUAAAGAACGAGAAUCACCAUUUCCUGUACCAAUAGCAUCUAUAACAAGAGAGGAUCCAAACCAGAACUACUGGUUCCAUUACACUGGGCAAAUACAAGGAGACUAUGUGAUCGUCACUCACUCUGGUGAUAUUUCAUAUCUUCAGAGAAUGGGCUUUUUUGGGAAAGGUUUGACGUCUAGAGGAGCACCUUCAACACAUAGAGAUCUGCCUUAUGUACAUUUACCAUCAACAACAGAUGGUGAACCUGAUGUUGUUCAUGUCAUGAGAAGAAGAAUGUAUUUGAAACACAUGAAGUGGAAAAAGUCACAAGAUAUAAGACUGGGUAAUCAGGGUGAAGGUGAUGCAGAUAAUGUGAUAGAUGAUGCAUUGGAAGAUGAGGAGUUUGACAGUGAUGUAGACUACACACAGACAGGAAAUGAGCAUGAUUGCCUCGAUUCAUGUAUGCCACAGUCUAACCCAGGGUGUACUUUAAACACUAAUUCUGUGAUUGAAAAUAUGCCUUUAAACACCACUAAUGCCACCAGUGUUGCUGAGCAACAGAGUUUAACCAAUAGAAACACUUCAACUUGGUCAUGGAAUGAAGAAUGUUCAAAACAGGAAGUCAAAGGUGAAUCAUGGGAAAAUGAAACUGCCAAUGAAAAUGCAGGUGCUGAUUCAUGGGAUAACAUGGAGGCAGACGAAGACUUUUGGGCAACUGAAGAAAAAACAAGUGAAAACAACAAAAGCCAAGAAAACAUAAGUGAAACGGUAUUAAAAAAUUAUGAUAAUAGUGACAUUCAAGUAACUGACAAGAAAAGAAUACAGGAUAAUGAUUUGUUUCACAUUCCAAAUAAGAAAAUGAAAUUUUCCAAGGAUAGCGCCACACUUGGAAAUGCUGAUGUUAUAACUAAUACUUCAAAAUGUAAGUUUGCUGAACCAGAUUUGAACAAUGGACAAAAUAAUAAACAACAUACAGACAAGUGUAAUAGUGAGAUAAAUGAACUGGGCACUACACAAGAAGAUAAGGUGUUUGUUAAACAUGAUCAGGGCAUAAAGGGAAUUAAAGAAAGAACUAAAUCUGAAGUAGACACAGAGGAAACAAAAUGCAAUGUUGAAAUGGAAAUAAGUAAUGGUAUUGAGAAACCAGACUGUUGUGAUAGUGGUGAUAAGUUAAAUGAUUCACAUACUGACAAUAGAGAAGUAGAAGCCAUUCAACCAGAACCAUUACCAGUACAUCCCUAUUGUAGAGAUGAUGAUGAUGAUAAUGGUGAUGAUAAUGGGGACUUGGAAGAUGAUGAAAAUGAUAAGACUGCAGUCACCGAAUAUCUUGUCAUAGAUGACUCAGACGUUGAUGACAGUACCUAUGUUGUGCAAAGGAAGGAAAAAUACACCUGGUUACCUGUCAAAAAGAAAGAAAUAUUUAAUUUCAAUGAACCAUUGUUGUUAAGCCUUGAAGAGGCCUAUUUUCUAACAUAUGGACUCGGCUGUCUUACUGUUCAAGAUGAGAAUCGUACCAACCUUUCAUUAACUGAUCUCUGGUGUAGAUUUUGUCACAAGAAGCAGUUUCUUCCACGUUAUGUAGCAUAUCAUUACUUCAGGAGUAAAGGAUGGGUGCCGAAACCUUCUAUCUUGUUUGGUACAGACUUUCUUGUGUAUAAAGUUGGUCCUGAAUUUUACCAUGCCUCGUAUUCUGUGAUAGUGAAGACUGUAUAUGACGGUACAUUUGAAGAAGUUGAAGAUUACAACAAUGGUAGGGUUACUUGGACCAGUUUCUUUGGUAUUAACAGGGUCACUGAGCAAGUUGCCAAGACUCUUGUUUAUUGUUAUGUUAUUAUGCCAAAAGACUUGAGUGAGGAACAAAAGAAAUCUCCAGAUUGUAUAGCAAGAUUUAAAGUCAGGUUACAGACAGUACAAAGGUGGAUCUCCUCUCAAGAAAGGGACAAGGAAAGAGUUAUAGAUGAUCUACCAGACAGCUAGUGUGAUUUGAUUGUUUAAGUCUUAAUAAAUUUUUAAACAUUUAA